GGAGGAGGAGGAGGAGGAGGGCUGAGUGAGGCAGAGCGUGUCUUCAGUCCACAGCAGAGUUCCUCGCUGCAGGAUCAAAUAUUUCCUCCCAGCAGAACACACACAAGGGAUUUCUUUUUUCUUUAAACCGCCGACAUUGCUGCUCGUCCUCACCCCGCUUCCCUUUUUUUUUACCCUUUGUCCUCCUCCUUUGUCCCCCCCCCCCUUGUCCCUCCCUCGUCCCCCCCUCCCCAGCCCCCCCCUCAGCCCCUGCAUCCACCUCAGCGAGAGAAGGCGCCAUCGUCAUCCUGCAGCCGGUGGCGGCUGCUGACGCUCGACCAGCGUGUGGAGCUGACAAGUUGAUGCGGUGAAGAGUCCUGCAGGAGUCCACACAAGCAAAGGUCGCCAGCCAUGGGGAACCUCAUCAAGGUCCUUGGCAAGGACUUGGAGAACUGUCCUCAUUUUUUCCUGGACUUUGAAAAUGCCCAGCCCACCGAGGCGGAGACCGCCGUGUGGAACCAGGUGAGCGCCGUGCUGGAGGAGGCUCACGGGAUUCUGGCCGAGCUGCAGUCCUACAACGGCGCCGGGCAGGAGAUACGAGAAGCCAUUCAGAACCCAGGUGAGCUGGCUCUGCAGGAGAAGGCCUGGAACGCCGUCUGCCCCCUGGUGGCCAAACUCAAGCGCUUCUAUGAGUUCUCCCUGCGACUGGAGAACGCCCUGCGCAGCCUGCUGGAGGCGCUGACCAGCCCCCCCUACGCCCCCAUGCAGCACCUGGAGCGAGAGCAGGCCCUGGCCAAACAGUUUGCUGAGAUCCUGCACUUCACGCUCAGCUUUGACGAACUCAAGAUGACCAAUCCUGCCAUCCAGAACGACUUCAGCUACUACAGAAGGACCAUCAGCAGGAACCGCCUCAACAACCAGCAGCUGGAAGCAGAAAACGAGGUGAACAACGAGAUGGCCAAUCGCAUGUCGCUGUUCUACGCCGAGGCCACGCCCAUGUUGAAGACCCUCAGCAACGCCACCACCAAGUUUGUGUCAGAGAAUAAGACGCUGCCCAUCGAGGACACCACAGACUGCCUGAGCACCAUGGCCUGUGUGUGCCGUGUCAUGCUGGAGACUCCGGAGUAUCGUUGUCGCUUCACCAACACAGACACCAUGUUGUUCUGCAUGAGGGUGAUGGUGGGCGUCAUCAUCCUCUACGACCACGUCCACCCAGUCGGGGCCUUCGCCAAGACCUCCAAAAUCGACAUGAAGGGCUGCAUCAAGGUGCUGAAGGAGCAACCGUCCAACAGUGUGGAAGGACUUCUGAACGCUCUGAGGUACACGACACGGCAUCUAAACGACGACAGCACCUCCAAACAGAUCCGGGCGUUGCUGCAAUGAGCCAGCGAGGAUGCACUUGACAGGAAGAAGAAAGGAAGAAAUACUGCUCUUUGUUUACAAAAUACGUGAUAAUUGUACCAAGAGGAAAAAGAAUUCUAUUUAUUGUCGGCUGUCCACCAUUCUCUUGUCUCUUGUUUUGUAAAGUAAGAAAAUAGACGCCAGAAAAUAAAGAUAUAUAUAAAGAAAAACUAAAGAUGGAAAUAAGUAGACGAGUAAGAGGAGGUUUAAUAUUAGGCCAGAAUUGAAGCAAAGUCCUAGUCUGACAGUAUUUUUUAAACAAACACACACACACACACACACACACACACACACACACACACACACUUUCCUUGAUCUGCACUGACUCCUGUACACUGUAAAAAAGAGCUGUAGAUUUUACAGUAAAAAGGAUUUUCACAGUAAAAUCUACAGUGUUUUUAGAGUGGCGUCACGAUAAUUGAAAAACGGUACAAUUUUCAUUUCUGCGCAAGAUUUUGCAGUACGGACUGACAUUUUAUUACUGUCAAAUCUGCAGUGGUUUUUACAGUUUUACUGUGAAAUGAAAAACAGUACCCUUUUUAUUUUGAUGGUCAAAUUGGGUCCAUACGAGGCUGCGAGUUAUUUUUUCCUGUCAAAUCUGAGGUUGUUGUUUUUUACAGCGCAUUACUGUAAAAUGAAACAAAACUGUCACACUUUGAUUGUCACGCUAACAUUUUGAGGACUGAGCUGCAAGUUUUUUUUACCGUCGAUUUAACAGAGAACGGUACCACUUUUAUUUUUACGGUAAAAUUCUGGGGACUGAACUGCUAGGUUGUUGUUUUUUUACCGUAAAAUGUAGGGUUGUUGUUUUUACAGUGCAUUACCGUGAAUUGAAAACUGGCUGGCUACCAAUUUGAUUUCAGGCUCCAAAUGUUGGUGCUCGAGCGAGCAGUUUGACUGUCAAAUGUGGAUUUCCUUCCAGAGUGCGGACGGCGUGCGACAAUGUGAUGAUGGACCUUCUCCGGAGAAUUGCUGUCACGGUGGUGUGUCAGUGCAGAUGAAGGAUUAAAGCCUUCCCUUUUCAUUUCUACUUCAAUGACUUAGCUCCGCCUCUUCAUGGCUGCUUCACCAUCCUUCCUUCAUACAACCGCUAAAACACUUUUGUAUCCAACUUUUAGUC